UACGUGAAAAGAAACCGGUAGUCUUUAGUACCAGAAUCAUAAUUAUCUUAUUUAAUGAACUACGAUACAAUUGAUUGUAUAUGAAAUUGUAUUAUUUAUAUAAAAGAGCAAAAUGGAUUUAGAAAAUAGGAUAGUUGUGUUGAUAGACAUGGAUUGUUUUUAUUGUCAAGUGGAAGAGAAAUUAAAUCCUGAACUGAAAGGAAAACCUAUAGCUGUUGUGCAAUAUAAUCCAUGGAAAGGAGGAGGAAUUAUUGCUGUCAACUAUGUAGCCAGAGCUAUGGGAGUAAAUAGACAUAUGCGAGGUGAUGAUGCCAAGGAGAAGUGUCGUGAGAUCCAACUCCCAUCAGUGCCAUGCAAAAAAGGAAAAGCUGAUAUUUCAAAAUACAGAGAUGCAGGGAUAGAAGUAGCAAAGGUACUUCAAAGAUUUACAACUUUGUUAGAAAGAGCAUCAAUUGAUGAAGCUUACUUAGAUAUAACUAUUCCAGUGCAGAAAAGACUUCAAACAAUAAAUGUGCACACAUUGGCAAGUAGCAUGAUGCCGAAUACUUUUGCACUGGGAUAUGACAGUUUUGAUCAUUUUAUCUCAGAUAUUCACAGCUGUGACUCAGACUCUAUUGAAUUUGACUUUGAUCAUGCACAAAAAUUACUAGUCGGAGCUCAGAUUGUUAGUGAAAUUAGAGCUGCAGUUUUUGAAGAAACAGGUUAUACAUGUUCAGCGGGAAUUGCUCACAAUAAAAUAUUGGCAAAACUAGUCUGUGGUAUGAACAAACCUAAUAAACAAACAGUGCUGCCGAAACACUCUGUAAACAUUUUGUAUAAGACUUUAUCAGUAAAAAAAGUUAAGCAUUUAGGAGGAAAAUUUGGAGAUUAUGUCUGUGAAAUAUUAAAAAUUCAAACCAUGGGACAGUUACAACCUUUCACAGAAAGAGAACUUCAGGCUAAAUUUGAUGAAAAAAAUGGAACAUGGUUGUACAACAUAGCUCGAGGAAUUGACAUAGAACUAGUUCAAGCUAAAUUCAACCCGAAAAGUAUUGGAUGUUGCAAGAAUUUUAAAGGAAAAUCGGCUCUCUUAGAUUUAGAAAGUGUUAAAAAGUGGCUAAGGGAUUUAGGCGACGAAAUAGAAGAAAGAUUAGAAAAAGAUGCUUUAGAAAAUAACAGAACACCAAAGCAAAUGGUCAUUAGCUUUUCAGUACAACUCCAGGAUGGCAGAGACACAAGUAGUUCCAGGUCAUACAAUUUCUUACCUGAUGAUGAAUUGUGUGGGGAAUUGUUUACAAAUAAGGCUUUUGAAAUUCUUAUUGACAGUACUGAAGGUUGCAAGCCAAAAGAAGCUGACAGCAAUAAAAAAUUAAGAGCACCUAUAACAUUUCUUGGUAUUAGUGUUGGUAAGUUUGAAGAUAAUACAGAAAAUAAGAAAAGGAAAAAAAUCAAAGACUAUUUCUGUGCUGGUUCUUCUAAAGAGACAGUACCAAAAUCCAAUGAAACCACUAAAGUAAAUGAAACAAAAAUAACAAAUAUAAACAAUAUUGACAAAAACUACAUAUUGCAUAAAUUUUUAGAAACAAACAAUGAUAAAAAGCAAAUUAAGAAAGAAACUAUGGGACCAAAUAAUGAAAAAGUAUUAGAAUCUCCAUUAGAUAAGCAAGAAUCAUUCUUUGUCAAUUUUUUGAAAAAAGACCAAGACAAUAUAAAAUGUAAUCAGGUACCUCAUGAUAAUGGAUCUAAAUCUCUAAAUAAAGUUAAUAGUCCUAUUUGUAAUAUAGUAGAGUGUGAUGAUGAUAGUAAUGAUACUGUUUAUUCAGGAUCAACCAUUAAUGAAGAAAUUAGUAAAAGUAUAGCUCUAUUCGAAGAUGAUCCACUUGAUAUAGCUCGUGUUAGUAAUAUGAGGGAGCUCUUAAAAACUAAUGAAAUUGAAGUCGAUAAAAUCGUAGAAGUCCAACCUAGAGCUGAUAUUUCAUCAAGAACAGUAACUCCUGAAAUUACAGAUACAAGUCACAUAGAAACAGUUGAAUGUUUUGAGUGUGGGAAAGCUGUACCAUUAAAUGAAUUCGACGAACACGCAGAUUACCAUAUAGCGCUUAAAUUAAGGGAGGACGAGAGAGAGGUAAUACGUAAAGCAAAAGAUAAAACCACUCUUAAGGAACCAGCUAGAGACGUAAAGAAGAAAAAAUCUGUACAAGAACUUAACAAAAAUGAGGCAAAGCCUUCGAUUUCCAAAUUUUUUACAAAGUUCGAUAUGACCGCCCCCGUGAAGAUGUGUACAGAGUGCGGUGAAAAAAUUGCAGUUGAAAAAUUUAGUGAACAUCUCGACUUUCACGAGGCUCAAAAAUUAAGUAGGGAGUUAAAUAAAAAGACGACAGUUCAUUCCUAUGGUAGUAGUAGUGGUAAAAGGCAGAGAAUAUCAUCAUCACCCAUAAAGAAAACGAAAUUGCCUUGUAAAUCGAUAGACAUGUUUUUUAGGUAAGAUAUAAGUGCGAGAAUAAAAUAAAAGCUAUGUAAAUAAUUGUGAUAUAUUUA